AUGCCGCAGAGGGAAAAUGCCAUCAGCCAAGCAGUUGACAGCUCCCCCCUCCGCCCGAGCCUGCCGGGCUCCCCUGGUCGGUCCGCGCUGCGCUCCAUCGCCCCCGCGCGCCCGGGCGCAAGCCCUCCCGCCCCGGCAGCCCUCCGGCUCCCCGCGCCUGGCCUCCGGGACCCCGCGCGCCGCCCCGCGCCAGGGCUCGGCCCCAGAGCCGCGUCCGCGUCGCCGCCGCUCGCGCGGGUCCCGGCUAUGCGCCCCCGCGCCGCCCCCCGCGCCCCCGCCGGCGCCGCCGCCGCGCUGGGGCUCUGCAGCCUCCUGCUGCUGCUGCCGCCGGGACCCGCGUGCCCCGCGGGCUGCGCCUGCACCGACCCGCACACCGUGGACUGCCGCGACCGCGGGCUGCCCAGCGUGCCCGACCCCUUCCCCCUGGACGUGCGCAAGCUUCUGGUGGCCGGUAACCGCAUCCAGCACAUCCCCGAGGGCUUCUUCAUCUUCUACGGCGACCUGGUCUACCUGGACUUCAGGAACAACUCUCUGCGCUCUCUGGAGGAGGGCACGUUCAGCGGCUCGGCCAAGCUCGCCUUCCUCGACCUCAGCUACAACAACUUGACCCAGCUGGGCGCCGGCGCCUUCCGCUCGGCCGGGAGGCUGGUCAAGCUGAGCCUGGCCAACAACAACCUGGCGGGCGUGCACGAGGCCGCCUUCGAAACCCUGGAGUCGCUGCAGGUGCUGGAGCUCAACGACAACAACCUGCGCAGCCUCAACGUGGCCGCCCUGGCCGCGCUGCCGGCGCUGCGCACCCUGCGCCUGGACGGGAACCCCUGGCUCUGCGACUGCGACUUCGCCCACCUCUUCUCGUGGAUCCAGGAGAACGUGUCCAAGCUGCCCAAAGGCCUUGACGAAAUCCAGUGCUCCCUGCCCGUGGAGAACAGGAGGAUAUCCCUGCAAGAGCUGUCGGAGGCCAGCUUCAGCGAGUGCAAGUUCAGCCUCUCGCUCACAGACCUGUUCAUCAUCAUCUUCUCUGGCGUGGCCGUGUCCAUUGCCGCCAUCAUCUCCAGCUUCUUUCUGGCCACCGUGGUGCAGUGCUUCCAGAGGUGCGCCCCCAACAGAGACACUGAGGACGAAGAUAAGGAUGAGGACGACUGAGCCGCCUGCACCCCUUUUCCUCGCUCUCCAGAACCCCAGCCGGUGGCUCUCCUCCGAGGGGAAAGGCUGAAAACGGAGAAGAAUUGACCAUCGGUGACCAGAGCGGCGCCUGCUCUGAGCCUUGCCCCCUGGGCGCACCCGCUGAGACCUCUGACCUCAGAGUUUAGAAUCCGCAGAGUGAAGGAGCCCAGGAAGGAUUCCCCGAGGAGAGCCUGCCUUCCGGCUUGAGGUGCGUGUGGGGAGAAGAUGACCGAGUCAGGUUUCAGAGCUGACAGCUGCAAACAGCGCAGGGGAUGUGAAGACUGGCGGCUCUCGCCUGCAAAGAUGACUUUGUGCUGUCCAUUUCUCUGACCCGGACCGCAGGACCAGGCAGCUUCUCCUUCCUCCUGAGAGGCAGCAGCCUCGACAGUGGGGAUUGGAGUUCAGGUCCGUCUCCAUGGGAGCAGGACUUCUGCCCCUUCUGGAAUAGGCUUCGGCCACCUUAGGGUGUAACGCAGAGAACAACCCCACAUCUGGCUAAAAUGGCACCGAGGAAAAAGCUAAGACCUGACCAAAGGGUGUUUGUUGUUACAUUUUGGUGAGCAGGUCAGAAAAACAUUUGCGGACAGAACUCAAACGUGAUCCUUAUCCUAAGACGUAGCAACUGGUAAAGGAAGAACAGUCGUUUUUGUACAACUGUGAUGGCCUCUGCUGAGAGUCACUCUUCCCUCUGAAGUACAGCCAAGUUGUUUCCAUCUUGCCCCGCCACCUCCUUCAGCCUUGAGUCCCUCCUCCGCUCAAUAACGCCUGUUCAUUCUCUGUGCUGGCACCGUUCCAGACUUGUCAUCUCCAGAACUUGUGAUAAACUUUCCUGGAGGCCAGGAUUCCCAAAAGUAGGUUAUAUCGGACCAAUAAAAUGUUAAAAAACAAACAAACCCCAAAACAAAACAACCUGGGACUUGGCUUCUGAAAAACCUCCAUCAGUGGCCUUAGGGUGUGUGUGACAUUCUUUGGAGCGUAGGCUGUGACAGGCAGUGUUUUCCAGGAUGUGGACUGCAGCGCUUUGGUUCAGAGACAGUAGGAAACAAUGCCAUGCACCCAGCAGGUUGAUGCAAGAUGAUGGGUAUCAGCAGCGUCGGACCUCGCUGGGGACUGACGCUUAGACGAGGGGCUGGUGAGACGCCCCUGGGAUAUUUGGGGAAGCAUCUCUCCAUUGCUUCCCAUAAUAUAUUCUUUAUGUUUCUUCCUCAUUGCUGUCUUGCAUCUUUGCCUGCACAAGGAAUUACUGAGUGCUUGCUAAGUGCCCUGGUCCGGGAAUUGUGGGUACACCUUCCAGAAGGAAGGUGGGGCCCCUGGCUCGCUUGGGCCUCAAUAAUCUUAUGGGUAGAAUAUAAAACAAGCAAGUAAACAAAACUAUCAUUGCAGGUAGUGAUAAGCGCCAUGAAGGAGAUAAAUGAGGCCUUGUGACAGAGAGUGGCUGGGGGGAGCCACUCAAGAGCGGCCGGAAGGGUGCAGUAGCCAGGGCUCUCUAGACAAACAGAACCAAUAGGAACUCUGUCUAUCUGUCCGUCCAUCUGCAUUGUAAGGAAUUGGCUCAGGCAGUUAUGGGAAGUGAGAAGUCCCACAGUCUGUAGCCAGCCAGCUGGAGACCCAAGGAAUGCUGGUGGUGCCGUUCUGGUCCGAGUCCAAAGGCCUGAUGGCCAGGAGAGGCAAUGGUUAAGUUCUAGUUUGAGGGCCGGAGAAAACUCAGCUCAAGUAGUCAGGCAGAGGGAAGGAGGGAGGGGGAGAUGGAGAUGGAGAGAGAGAGAGAGAGAAAUUCCUCCUUUCUCCGCCUUUUUGUUCUAUUCACGCCCUCGCCCUCGAUGGAUUCGGUGCUGCCCACCCACUUUGGGGAGGGGGAUCUGCUUUACUCGGUCUACAGAUUCAAAUCCUAAUCUCAUCCAGACACACCCUCACAGACACACCCAGAAAGAAUGUUUAACCAAAUAACUGGGCACCCUCUGACCCAGUCAAAUUGAUGCAUAAAAUCAGCCGUCACUCGGGGGGCCUCUGAUUGGGUCGUUGUUUUGUUUUUGUUUUUGUUUUUUAACAUCUUUAUUGGAGUAUAACUGUUUUACAAUGGUGUGUUAGUUUCUGCUUUACAACAAAGUGAAUCAGCUAUACAUAUACAUAUGUUCCCAUAUCUCUUCCCUCUUGCGUCUCCCUCCCUCCCACCCUCCCUAUCCCACCCCUCUAGGUGGUCACAAAGCACCAAGCUGAUCUCCCUGUGCUCUGCGGCUGCUUCCCACUAGCUAUCUGUUUUACAUUUGGUGGUGUAUAUAUGUCCCUGCCACUCUCUUACUUCGUCACAGCCUACCCUUCCCCCUCCCCAUAUCCUCAAGUCCGUGCUCUAGUAGGUCUGUGUUUUAUUCCCGAUUGGGUCAUUUUGAGCUGAAUCCUGCCUCCUUCUCCCACCUCCUUGCUUCCCUCUCCCCUUCUCCCCUUUCCUCCUCUUCCACUCUCUGUCUCUACUCUUCUUUCUCCCCUUCACCCUCGAGGAGACUCCUGGUCACCUUUCUAGCCCCCAGCAUUGCUGGCUCCAGUGGAGGAGACCCCUGGCUCAGAGGGGCUGUCUUCUCAGAGUCGCUGGGCAAAUGGAGAAGUGGGGCAGCAUUUUCCCAGACUCCAUGGCAUCCUCCGUGGGCGCCACCCUCAGUGCAGGUAACGCUUCCAUUGAGGAAACAAUAUAGGCAAACAAAUUGGUCAUCACGAACCGUUAGGUGCUGUUCGAAUUCCUGCUGAAAGGUUCCAGCCAUCAUUUGUACAUUAUUGUGAAUGAAGGUUCCUGGAGACGGUUUUCAAUCAGGAGAGAGAACUGCACUGAUGUUGGGCCAUCAUAGGCGAGAUAGAAAAGACCGUGGAGUAGGGGGCCGAGGGCUCAGAGGACACGAAACAAUCUAACACCAGCACCUCCCCAGCCUGGCCACAGACUCAGCUGAGACCUGUGUGGGGUUGGAAUUGCGGUCCUGUCAUCACAGUCUCCAGUCGCCAUUCCCAGGAGCAUCCUACCAGGGACACAGCUAAAGGCCCUGGAUCCAACUGGGCCCCCACCAAAGGCACACUGUGUUUCUCCCAGAAUCCUAGGGACGUGGUACCCCAAGUUGUGGAAACAGCACUAGACCCCUGUUAUAAUAGGUUCUGGUAGAUGAAUUCCCUCUUAAUGAGUCUAUUUUAAUCCUUCGGUCCACUUCAAGUGGUUCAUUGUGGUCAGCAGGCUCAGCUCUUUGCUCGGAAGACACACACCCUGCAGGGGCCGGUGGUCAUUUACUGAAUAAAUGAGCGAGCAAGGGAGGGGCUCCAAGGCUUGCUGGGUGCCAGUUAACCAUCAUUCCUGCGGACUGCAACCUAGAGUUUUGAAAAGAACAUGAUUUGGGGGAAGAAGAAGAGUUUUCAAGUAUUUGCAGUUGAAACAGUCAUCUCCUGGAUAUAAAGUUCCCGUGAAACACUGGGGACAUGGGGACAUUAGGGACAUCUGUGGUCAAAGCCAAGGAAAUAUACUGACCAGGAGCCACAGCUCAACUGGGGAAACGCCUUUGAGAAGUGACAUUGCACAAGCAGCAGGCGAUGACUUAGUGCUCUCUGUUGCUGUAGCAUCUCAAGUUAUUAUUAACAACAGCGGUAGCGCUGCAUACCAGUUGAGGGCCUCCUCUGCGCCGGACAUCCCCCUGUCCCAGAUCUCCACUAGUGGCAUCUGGGUCUCCAGUGUCACCACCUCAGAGUCACUCUCAUCACGCCAUCCUGUAUUGUUUUUUGCACAGCGUGUACCAUGGUGUGAAGUUAUCCCACCUGUUCAUUUACAUGUUUAUUGUCUACCUUUUCUGGACUAGAACAUGAGCUCCCCAAGGGCAGGACCUCAGGCCCUUUGUGUCUCCAGUGUUUGAACAGUAGUGACACAACCAGUAUAUGCAUGUGGAGUGAAAGAGCAAACAAAUGAAUUCCAGGCACAGUACUAGAAACUCUACAGACCUGAGCUCUACUUAAGCAUCCUCACAACUCAAGUGGAGAGCUGCUAUCAUCCUCAUUUUGUCGACUGAAAAGAACUGCACAACCUAAAAACUGAGAGUUUUGUUUUAUUCGGUGGGAAUUUUUAGGACUUCAAGCCGGGGAGGCAGCAUCUCAAGUAGCCCUGAGAACUGCUCCAAAGAGGCAACGGUGGGGAGCUAGGAUAUAUAGGAAUUUUGC